AUGUCAAAGGCGUUAUGUUGCUAUGCGUUUGAGACAUUACUCAACAAGCUUGAUUUCGAACUGACAAAAGUUCCAUUAAAGUCUUAUUUUAAAGCUUUACUGGAGGAUUCAAGCAAGCUUCCACAGUCCGCCCCACUUUUCGUCACUUGGAAUAAGAACUCACAGUUGCGGGGCUGUAUAGGUACAUUCCAAUCUUUACCCGUUGAAUCGGGAGUUGCAAAAUUCACCAUAAGCUCAGCAUUUCAAGAUCCCAGGUUUCCACCUAUUUCUACCAAGGAAGUUGCUAGUUUAGAGGUGGAUGUGACAUUACUAGACAACUUUCAGCCAAUUUAUGAUUACAAUGAUUGGACAGUUGGCGUGCAUGGCUUGAAAAUAUCAUUCGAAGUGGACAACGAACAUUACCUGGGGACAUUUUUACCCUCAGUGGCGGAAGAACAAGAGUGGGACAAAUUUACGACAUUGUAUUACUUGCUCAAGAAAGCAGACUACCCUGUAAGGAAGAGCCUGACAGAGCAAUUCUAUUCAACUGGUUUGAAGGAAGGAUGGCUAAAGUUGACGAGAUACGAAGGAUUGAAGGCACAUUUGACUUAUGAUAGAUUCAUCGAUAUACGAAAAGAGAUUUUGGAAUAA